AUGGCCCGCAGGAGAGAAGAGUCCGUUGUCCCGAUAAGGGUUCACGAUGAAGACGCUUCCGACGUGGACUCCGGCCACGCCCGCCUCCACGAGCUCGGCUACAAGCAAGAGCUCAAGCGCGAUCUCUCGUAAAACCUUCACGCUAAAGCUCAGCCUCCCGUUUCAUUCUCUUCUGUGCCGGUUCCUCGAUCUGAAUCGUGGGCAUAUAUAUAUCUCGGCUAUGGAUGUGGUCUGCAGGGUGCUCUCGAACUUUGCCUUCUCCUUCUCCAUCAUCUCCGUGCUCACCGGGGUGACCACGCUCUACAACACAGGGCUCAAGUAUGGCGGCCCGCUGGCCAUGGUGUACGGGUGGCUUGUGGCCGGGUUAUUCACCAUGUCCGUAGGCCUAUCCAUGGCGGAGAUAUGCUCCUCCUACCCAACCUCAGGGGGCCUCUAUUACUGGAGCGCCAGGCUCUCGGGCAAGGAGUGGGCGCCUUUUGCUUCGUGGCUCACAGGAUGGUAUGGUCCCGUUCUCCUCCCAGUCAUCAGAUUAUGAUGCAGGGAGGAAUAGAAGUUGAUUCCGCGGAUGGGUUUUCAUCACUUCGGCAGCUUCAUUCUCCCCUCAUCCUCUUGUUACUACCAUUUCUUCGGGUGGUCUAUUCACGCAUCAUUUAAAAUUCCUGAUGAAAGUUAGAAACAAAAUCAUGUUCUGUGAUUAAUAUAUAAAAAGAUAUGGACUAUGAUGCAGGGGAGGGAUAGAAGCUGAUUUCAAAGGAUGAGUGACUUCUGUGUCAGAAUAAUCUCAUAUUAAAUGAUGAUUAAAUCAUGUGAUUUCAGUAGAGGCCUCCUUAUGCCGAACCACUCGAUUUUUAUGUUUCAUAUGCUUGGAUUUGAUUUCUGCAUGAAUUUUCAGAGUUUAUUGUCCUUUUUCCAGAAAGAUUAAUUUUCUUUGUAUCCCAUUCUUUUCAAAUAUUUUGAUUAGUUCCUUGGUCAAUUUCCAUUGCAGGUUCAACAUCGUCGGCCAGGUAACCAUAAAAACAAAAAACCCCGGAGAGGCCUUCAAUUUUUUCACAGAUUUCAUCCCUCUUCUCUCAGUCUGGCGGAUGAAGAAUUCUUCUCUUGCAGUGGGCUGUCACCACCAGCAUAGAUUUCUCCCUGGCUCAGCUGCUCCAAGUGAUCAUCUUGCUCAGCACUGGCGGCACGAAUGGAGGAGGAUACAUCGCUUCGAAAUAUGUGGUGAUGAGCUUCCAUGCAGCGAUUCUCCUCAGCCAUGCGACUCUAAAUAGCCUUUCUAUCACAUGGUUAUCCUUGCUCGGGCAAUUUGCCGCCGCAUGGAAUGUCAUGGGUAAUAGUUUUGAAAAUCCAAAGGGAUUCCUUUAAACUGUUCUUACCCAGAAGGAGGAUCAUAUAUUGAGCUCAGACUGUUCUCGCUGGUUUCAGGUGUCUUUGUACUCAUGAUCCUCAUACCCUUGGUUGCUACCCAGAAGGCCAGUGCUGAGUUUGUCUUCACACAUUUUAACACUGAUAAUGAUGCUGGAAUCCAGAGCAACCUGUACAUAUUUGUUCUUGGCCUGCUGAUGAGCCAGUACACGUUGACUGGAUAUGAUGCAUCCGCUCACAUGGUAAGCUAGCGAUUCUUCCCUGUGAGUCUUGGAUGCCACCGCUACAAAUUUUCUUCCGUUCAAUUUUUUUAAUUUUUUUAUAGCUUGAAAAAUGAUUGAACCACGCUGGCUUUCAUCUUUUCACUCUGUUCUUGCUGUUCAUGAUCUGUGUUUUUAUUCAUAUGAGCUUCUCAUCUUGUCACUGAAUUCGACCUGUUCAUGAUCUGUGUUUUUUAAUUAUUGAAGGGGAGAUCAGUUUCAUAUGAUCCUCUCAUCUUGUAGUUCCUGAUCUGUGUUUUUUUUAAUUCCUGGAGGAGAAAUUAAAUUUAAUACGAGCCUUCUAUCACUGAUUGAUUUUCACUUGAAAUUUUCUCCCAUCAGACGGAAGAAACCAAGAGCGCCGACAAGAACGGGCCGAAAGGCAUAAUCAGCGCAAUUGGAAUUUCUAUAGUCGUUGGGUGGGCUUACCUGAUCGGGAUCACAUUUGCUGUGACCGACAUUCCAUACCUACUGAGCCCCGAAAAUGAUGCUAGAGGCUAUGCGAUCGCCCAGGUAUUCUAUCAGGCAUUCAAAAGCAGAUAUGGCAAUGGAGCUGGGGGGAUUGCGUGCCUGGGAGUCGUCGCAGUGGCCAUUUUCUUCUGUGGCAUGAGCUCAGUGACCAGCAACUCAAGGUAGGCAUUUUCUUUUCAUCAUAGAGUUUCUUCUGAUUUCUUUAAUUUACUUUUAUGGUCAGUAUUUGGCCUAGUUAGCUCCACAGUCUGCAGAUUAUUUAUUUAUUUUUAAUUUCUAUUUUAGGCCUGUAGAAAUAAGCCAAAUGAUGGAAAGUCCGACUAUUUUCCAAAAUUUUCCUACAAGCUCAUCGACAAUUGUACAAUUACUAUGAUAAUGGUGGAUAGCUUUUCAUCGCACUGGUUCUUCUGAUUUAUUGACUUUUUUUUAUGGUUUGUAUUUGAUACCCAGCUGGUUACUCAGCUCUACAGUCCGUAGACCAUUGGUUUUUUGGAUUUUGGGUCCUAGAAAUUAGUAAAAUUAAUGGAAAAGUCAAUCCAUUUUUUAUUUUGCCUAGAUGUCCUUCAUUGACCGCCAAAACCCCUAUUCUAGUAAUGAUUUGAAGGAUGAGCAACUCAAGGUAGAUAGUUUUAUGGGUUCUUCUGAUUUCUUAAUUUACUUGGUCGUCUGCAUUUCUUGCUUACCAUCCCAUUCAGAACCACAGUCACUAGAUCAUUGAGUUUUUUGGUUUCAGGUCCGUAGAAAUAAGAUGAAUGACGGAUAAGCCCAUUUGUUCUUCAACUUUUGCCUUUUAAGUCCCUAAGGAAAUGGAAAAGACGUACUUCUUAGUUCUGUGGGAGGUGGAUACAUACCGACCAACGAUCUUAACAUCACUCUUCACCACUCACUGGCUCCUGUUUUGACAUCAGGAUGGUGUAUGCGUUUUCUAGAGAUGGAGCGAUGCCAAUGUCGUCGCUGUGGCACAAAGUCAACCGGCAGGAAGUCCCCAUCAAUGCUGUCUGGCUCUCUGCGUUCAUAUCAUUUAUAAUGGCAUUGACGGUAACUUAACCUUCAUUUCUAUUCCUCUCAAAUCUUUUAGGAUGUGAUUAGCGCAAAGAUUAUGACUUUGAGACUCAAAAAACGGUUGGUAAUGAUAUCUUAUUGGGUUUGGAUUUUAAUGAGCCCUGAAAAUCUGAAAACCCAAUCAUUUUUCUUGUCCUUCUGAUGUCAUAUUGGGAUUAACAUCACUGAUCCAGGGUCUGGGGAACCCUGAGCUCCCUGGUGAAAAUAAUUUUAAUCCAGCCACACAAAAUCUGGGAACAUAAUCUUUUUAUUCUUUUUAUUUUCUCAAAUCAUGCGUCCGUCAAUAGCAUAAUAACUUUGGUGGGCGGGUCAUUUCUAUGGAAAUUGGAUUUUGGGUAGAACAGAUGGUAGAAGCUGGAAUUUUUCCAUCUAUAGUCGUGAUCAGUUUUAGUCUCCAAAAUGCCAAAAAUAAUUUUUUUUUGUUUUUGUUUCUAUGACUUAGUUUCAGAUCAGAUCAGAGUCUGUUACCCACAGCCCGUUAGACUUGAUGAACUAAAUUCCUUGGAAAAUAAUAAGAGAUACGUUAUUAGCCCAUUGAAAACUCCUGCUUUGUGGCUCUGACCAUGAUUCCUUCAUGAAUUCUAAAUGUGGAAAGGCUGGAAGCGGAAAUGGUGAUGAACCCAUCAGAGUCUUCAUCCUCUUUCCCUUCAUAUGAGCAUAAGAGUCUGAUACUAGUAAUGUGCGGCUGGUUCAUAAGCAUCAUAACAAUCAUCAUCGUCGUCGUCGUCAUCUUCUUCUUCUUCUGCUUCUUCGUUGUGCAGUCCCUCGGGAGCUUGGUGGCCUUCCAGGCGAUGGUCUCCAUCGCGACGAUCGGCCUCUACAUCGCCUACGCGCUGCCCAUCUUCUUCCGGGUGACUCUGGCGCGCAAGUUCUUCGUUCCCGGGCCUUUUAACCUCGGCCGCUGGGGGGAGACCGUGGGCUGGGUGGCUGUUCUCUGGGUCGCCACCAUCACUGUCCUCUUCUCCCUCCCCGUCGCGUACCCCGUCACCGCCGACACCCUCAACUACACCCCUGUCGCCGUCGGCGGGCUCCUCGUCAUCGUCAUCUCCUGGUGGGUCCUCUCUGCCCGCCACUGGUUCACAGGCCCCGUCACCAACCUCGAAGUCCAGCCGUAG